CUAAAAUCGAAUCACGAAUGUGUUUCAUUCAUUCAUUUACUUGCUAGGUCCUCCUUUUUUCCAUUUAUAUCUUGGAAAAAAUGGCUGAUAAUAAAUUAUAUGAACUCUUGGGUGUUUCUAGAAAUGCAAGUGAAUCCGAAAUAAAAAGGAAUUAUCAUAAACUGGCCAAGGAAUUUCAUCCAGAUAAAAAUCCUGCUGCAGGUGACAAGUUUAAAGAAAUUAGUUAUGCAUAUGAAGUAUUAUCUGAUCCAAAAAAACGACAAACGUAUGAUAAGUAUGGAUUAAAGGGGUUACAAGAAGGUGGUGGUCAAGGAGGUUUUCCACCUGAGGAGUUUCUUGGUCACUUUUUUGGUGAUAUAUUUGGAAUGGGAGGUAGUAGAGACAGAGGCCCAGCUCGUGGGGAAGAUACUAUUCACCCACUUAAAGUAUCUUUAGAGGAUAUGUAUGUUGGAAAAACGGCAAAGUUACAAUUAAGUAAAAAUGUCAUUUGUGGUCCUUGUAAAGGUAUUGGUGGAAAGCCAGGAUCAGUUGUAUCUUGUAAGGACUGCCAUGGACAGGGUAUAAAAGUGUCUUACCAGCAGAUUGCAGCCCAUAUGACUCGUCAAUUCCAAACACGCUGUCCCACAUGCCAUGGGCAAGGUGAAACAAUCAACGACAAGGAUAAGUGCCCAAAAUGCAAAGGUAAGAAAGUACUAAAUGAAACCAAAAUAUUGGAGGUCCAUAUUGACAAAGGCAUGCGAGAAAAUCAAAAAAUUUACUUUAGAGGGGAAGGUGACCAGCAACCAGACACUCAACCUGGAGAUGUUAUUAUUGUGCUACAACAGAAGCCUCACGAUGUGUUCCAAAGGACUGGUGAUGAUCUUGUCAUGAAGCAUGAAAUUACCUUGACAGAAGCAUUGUGUGGUUUUCAGUUUGUUGUUAAACACUUGGAUGGUCGGGAUUUACUUGUUAGACACUCUGCAGGUGAAAUAAUAAAACCUGGAGAUUUAAAAGGAAUACAAGGAGAAGGUAUGCCACAGUAUAAGAACCCAUUUGAGAAGGGUAAUUUGUACAUAAAAUUUGAUGUUGUUUUUCCUGAAAAUAACUUUGCCUCUGAAGAGAAGCUCAAAAAGAUUGAAAGUAUAUUACCACCACGUCCAGCUUUUGUUAUGCCAACUGGUGAAGAUGUUGAAGAGGUAAAUCUGAUGGAGUACACUGCCAGCGAACGAGGCAGAGGCCGUGAGGAAGCCUAUGCAAGUGAUGAUGAAGAGCACAUGCAUGCUGGUCCUGGUGUACAGUGUGCUCAUCAGUAGUUCAAUUAAAUCCUCUAUGGAUUCCUACUCAAACCUCACACUAUGUAAUUUUAUAUAGGUAGUUUAAUAUAAAUAUAAUUAUCUACACCUACAUAUUUUACAAGCUGAUGUGUUGACAACUACAAGCUAUUAUUUGUGACCCCAAUUGCAAAAUGCAACUUGAGAUCAAAGGCCACAAUAAUCCAAUUGUAGAUUUAUUUAUAUUUGUUUAAAAUGCUAGUGAGUUUUUUUACAUCAUGCAAUUCAUUCCAGGGACUUUUUGUAUGGCAGAAGCAAUAAUCAUUAAUAAUUUUAA